AUGACACCAACAACAGAGAAAGAAAUGCCAAAUAAUGAAACUAAAGCAAAGAAUUACCAAAUUGAUGACACAAAUGAUAAAAAAAGAAAAAAAGAAAUACAAAAUAAUGACACCAGCAACAAAAAAGUUACUGAAAUAGAUAACAGAACAGCACCAAAAACAGAAAAUGAAAUGCCAAAUAAUGACACCAAAGCAAAGAAUCACCAAAUUGACAGCACCAAUGAAAAAAAGGAAGUGCCAAAUAAGACAUGA